AUGGAGAACCACCAGCUGCCCUACACCACCCAGCCGCCGGCAACGGGCGCGGCCGGAGGAGCCCCGGUGCCUGGCGUGCCUGGGCCACCGCCGGUGCCACACCACCACCUGCUCCAGCAGCAGCAGGCCCAGCUGCAGGCGUUCUGGGCGUACCAGCGGCAGGAGGCGGAGCGCGCAUCGGCGUCCGACUUCAAGAACCACCAGCUGCCGCUGGCUCGGAUCAAGAAGAUCAUGAAGGCCGACGAAGACGUGCGCAUGAUCUCCGCGGAGGCGCCCGUGCUCUUCGCCAAGGCCUGCGAGCUCUUCAUCCUCGAGCUCACCAUCCGCUCCUGGCUGCACGCCGAGGAGAACAAGCGCCGCACACUGCAGCGCAACGACGUCGCCGCUGCCAUCGCGCGCACCGACGUCUUCGACUUCCUCGUCGACAUUGUGCCCCGCGAGGAGGCCAAGGAGGAGCCCGGCAGCGCAGCCCUCGGGUUUGCCGCCGGAGGGGUUGGUGCGGCCGGUGGGGGCCCAGCCGCCGGGCUGCCGUACUACUAUCCGCCGAUGGGGCAGCCGGCGGCACCUAUGAUGCCGGCCUGGCAUGUUCCGGCGUGGGAACCGGCGUGGCAGCAAGGCGGGGCGGACGUGGACCAGGGUGCCGGGAGCUUCGGCGAGGAAGGGCAAGGGUUCACGGGCGGCCAUGGUGGCUCAGCUGGCUUCCCUCCUGGACCUCUAAGCUCCGAGUGA